UACAUUAAGUAUGCUUCAACAUUUACAGAACAAAAAGUCUAGGAAAAUCUAAUAAGUGGAAAGCAAAAAAUAAGACAUUUUAUUUCACUGAAAAUUUUGCACAAAUUUUUGACCCGUUCGGCUUGCCAUACCAUACAAAGCGUUUGACAUACACGGAUUGAUCAUGAAUGUGCGUCUGUAGUUUAUAUUGUAAACACGGCCGAAAAUCGAAAGAUAAUCGACAUACUUGCUAUUGUUAAGAAUGGAUUCAGCAACUGGGCUAUGCAUAAUUUGUAACCACACCCUAGAUGACGGCACAAAAACAGUACAACUCACACAAAAGGGAUGCGAUGGCAUAAACACCGCCAGUGAAAAACGCAAAGAUUCAAUAUCUACUAUACCUGGUCAAUUCGUCCAUGUUGAAUGUAGAAAAAAGUACUGUAAUCCAAAUAUAAUUGCUCGUGAUGUCAAAGAACAACAACAAACAAAUUAUUCAAGAUCUUUAAGAUCGAAAAAUGAGACAUUUAUAUUUAAAGAAAACUGUUUAUUUUGUGGUCAGUUUGCCAAGUGUGAUGGUAAAAAACGGGGCUAUGAUGUGUAUCCUGUCAGAACAUUAGAUUUUCAAAAAACAAUCUUAGACAUUUGUUCUACUAGAGGAGAUGCUUGGGCUCAAAAAGUGUCCGCUAGAAUAGAAUUUGCUGCAGACUUACCCGCAGCAGAUGCUGUAUACCACCAGACUUGCAAUGUCAAUUUCAGGACAAAUAAAGACGUUCCAAAGUAUUUUCAACCUGAUGUUGAAAAAACACAGGCACGUGGUAGACCAACAGACCAGGAUGCAUGCACAGCUUUUAUGAAUGUAAUAGAAUACUUAAAGGAAAAUGACAAUGAACAAAUUACCAUUACAGAUCUGGUGGACAAAAUGAAGGAGAUGUGUGGAAAAAGGGCUUAUAGUGCUUCAUACACAAAACAAAAGUUAGUGGAACACUUUGGUGAUUCUGUAAUAAUCACAGAAAUAAACGGCAAGCAAAAUGUUGUUACUCUUAGACGGACUGCAUCUUCUAUCUUGCAUGACUUUUAUUGUCAGUGUAAAUCAGACAACCCAGAGAAUGAGAAAGUUAAAUUAAUAAAGACUGCAGCAAAAUUGAUAAAGAAUGAUAUCAAAUCAGUAAAUACAAAUAAAAACGUAUAUCCGAAUUCACAUGACAUUUCGUCUGCUGAAGCCAAUAAACAGUUUAUGCCAGAUAGUUUAGUGCAAUUUAUGCGAGAUCUGUUCAAUGAAAAAGAUGCUGAUACUAAAGUGUGCUCCAUAGGUCAAGCAAUAAUGCAGGCCUCACGUCCAAGAAUGAUAAUUGCUCCUUUACAGUUAGGACUUGCAGUACAAUUACACCAUCACUUCGCCUCAAAAUACCUUAUUGAUGUAUUGAACAGCUUAGGAUUUUGUGUUUCUUACUCUGAAGUCCAAAUGUUUGAAUCUUGUGCAGCUGUUUCAAACAGAACAAAUAUUGAAAAUUUUCAGAAUGACAUGUUCAUCCAGUAUGUUGCAGAUAAUGUAGAUCAUAAUCUUCGAACUCUUGAUGGGCACAAUACAUUCCAUGGUAUGGGCAUGAUUGCAUGUGUAACCCCUGGAAACUUCGGUAAUAAACCUAUUAUGCGGCAAGUUGUUUCUUCAGAUGAUCUCAUCUCUGCUGGAAGAAUAGAUAUUUCAUUCUAUCGUUGACCAGAAGCUGCAAAGUUGUCAAUUAACCUGUCGGAUCUAAACAGAUUUAAUGUGUCAGACAACAUCAUCAAAUUAACUUUCCUUGCUCAGGUGACUUGGCCUCUUAGAAAGCCAGGCCCAGAAUGGUCAGGCCUUAUGCAGAUGGUAAGAAAGGGGGACUACCCUGGAAAAUCUUCUGUUGUAUUCCUACCCAUGAUUGAUAUGGACCCAGGUGAUAUGUCCUGCAUAUACACAACUCUUAAAUACAUUAGUAGCCAUGCUUGCCAGUACAGACAAACCGCUAUUGUAACAUUUGACCAGCCAUUGUAUUGGAAAGCAGUGACGGUGAUUUCAAGUGAAAAUGACAAUAGUUCAAUCAAAGACAUAGUGGUGCGCAUGGGUGGUUUUCAUUGCAUUAUGAGCUACCUCGGGGUGUAUUGGUCAGCUUAUGUCAGGCUCAGGAUUGAGUGAUUUGUUAGAAACAGUUUAUGCACCAAAUGUAAUCCCUCACAUAAUGGGUGGAAAAGCUGUUGCAAGAGCAGUAAGGGGACAUUCACUUGCAACCAAUGCUUUAAAUAUUCUGUUGAUGCGUCAUUGUUCAGAGACCUCCCCACUUGUUGAUGCCAACAAUAAUGAUGAAGUCAAGGAAACAGGA